CCAUUUAAGGUGGAACGGGGAGAUUACGGCCAGCAGCCAACAUUAGCGUCCUCUACUAACGUUACUACGCUUUGUUUAUAUGAAGUUAUAUCGGUUGCUUUGCUAACUUGCGGAAUGGAGGAUGUAGCUGCUGCACCAUUUAAGGUGGAACGGGUGCUCCCUCGGUACUCAAGACUGCUGCAACAUUUAAGGUGGAACGGGGAGAUGACGGCAAUCAGCUAACUUUAGCUUUCUCUAUCUACUACUGGUUUAAAGCGGUUGGUUUAUAUUAACGUACAAUAACGUAUUGGUUGUUUUCUGAACUGCUCCAGUGCUCCCUCGGUACUCAGGACUGCUGCACCAUUUAAGGUGGAACGGGGUUAUUACGACAAGCAGCCAACUUCAGCUUCCCCUACUUCAGUUUCUGAUGCUCUUGAUUGAUACCAACAUAUAAUAUACUGGUUAACUGUUAACCGCGGGUGCCGGAAUGUAACUGCUGCACCAUUUAAGGUCAUUUAAGGUGGAACAGGGAGAUUACUGCAAGCAUCCAACCUCAGCUUCCUCUACUGCUGUUUUUUUUGAGGCUCUCUGUUAUAUCAACAUAUGACAUAUUGGUUGCUUUCCUAACUGUGGGUGACAGAGUGUAACUGCCAUACAGUUUAAGGUGGAACGGGGAGAUUACAGCAAGCUGCCAACGUCAGCUUCCUCUACUACUACUACUGUUUUUUGAUGCUCUUGAUUUAUAUUAACAUAUCAUGUUUGUUGCUUCCUUGACUGCUUUAAUAUUCCCGAACUGAAGUAAUCUUUCGAUCACUUAAUUUAUCUAUCUGUUUAUCAACCCCCAAGACUGCUGCACCCUUUAAGGUGGAAUGGGGGAAUUACAACAGCCAGCUUCAGCUUCCUCUACCACUGCUGGUUUUGUUUUUUGAAGGUCUUGAUUUAUGUUAACGUACAAUAUACUGGUUGCUUUCUUAAUUGUGGGUGCCAGAAUGUCCAUUUAAGGUGGAACUAGUGAAUUACAACAAGCACCCAAUCUCAGCUUCCUCUCCUACUACUGCUUUGUGAGGCUCUUGAAGUAUAAUGUUAUAAUAUAUUGGUUGCUUUCCAAGCGUGCAGGCUCCAGAACGUAGCGGCUGUGCCACUUAAGGCCAUUUAAGGUGGAAGGGAGAGAUUACAACAAGCAGCCAAUUCAGCUUCCUCUACUGCCACUGCUUUUUGAUGCUUUUGAUUUAUAUUGACAUGUUGCUUGCUUUCUUAACUGCUCCAAUGUUCCCUCCAGAACCCUCAAGAUCAUGUCUGCUGUGGUACUCCAAGUGGGACAGUGCGGAAACCAGCUAGGCCUCGAGUGGUGGAAGCUGCUGAGCCGUCGCAAGAAAAGAUGUCCCUUCAGCUCCCGAAAUGGAAAACUAGCCGCCGUGUGUGUGGACACAGAGCCCAAAGUCCUCAGAGGAGCUCAGGACUUCGUUAAAAAGGAUAAAUUACAUCCGUCCAGCGUCGUGGAGGGGAAGGGAGGGCGUGGAGGAAACUGGGCCUAUGGUUACCAUGGAGGCCCAGGUGAAGGAGGGAGAGAUUUACUCGAGCGAACAAUGGAGGCGCUUCGUCAGGAGGCAGAGAGACGGGAUUAUUAUGGAGGAACGGUUCUUCUGCACAGCCUGGGUGGAGGCACAGGGUCAGGGCUUGGCUCCAGGCUAUGUGAGCAGAUCCGUGAAGAGUUCCCUGUGGGUCAUAUCCUGACGGUCUCGGUGGUCCCUCUUCAGAGCGGAGAGAGCCCCCUCCAGCACUACAACACUUUACUGAGCCUGGCAUCGCUGCACAGGUGUGCUGAUGGCAUUCUGCUGUUUUAUAAUGACCACGCCUUGUCUCGCGCUGGACUUCAGCAGAGGUCAGGACCACCAGGCUCGCUCUCAGCCAUGAACACACACAUCGCCUCGUGCCUGGCUGGACUCCUGCUCCCAGUACAGAGCCUCACCACACGCAGUAGGUGGAGUUUGGGAACGGAGCCGUGGGAGCUGAUCCGGUCAAUGUGCCCGGUUCCUUCAGCCAAGCUUCUCUACACCGCUCAGGCCUCCUCUGGUGGGAGGUCGCGCUGGGACAGUUUGGUCAGUGGAACGCUGCAGGCUCUUCCCCAGCUUUCACCUGCCGGAACACCUUACUCCAGCCGCGCCGUGCUGGCGGUUGCCCGUGGCGACCAGGAUGGCUCCUUCAUCACUUCGAAUGUCCUGCAGAGACUGAGACACGGACACAGGUGUGUCCAGUGGAAUCCUUUUCCAGUUGACCACUGGACUGAUCCACUGAACGAGCUCGGCGUCUCCGCCCCGUCCCGUCUGCUCACCGUGAGCUCCAAUCACAGCAGUGUUUCGGGCUUUUUGGGCCGUGUGGCUCAGCGUGCCGGAGAAAUGCUGCGAGCUCGGGCCUACCUACACUGGUACCAGCGCUACGGGGCCGAGACGGAGGACCUUCAGCAGGCCUUAAACACUGUAACAGACAUCAUUCAGGAGUACGACGCUCAGUGACGCUGUAGACCAGCACUGACCACUAACGUAACAUUAAGACUUUUUCUCCGUUUCUCCAGCGGCUCUUCACUUUCUGUGAACAUUUUAUGAGAAAUGGUCUCGAGUGUAUCUAAUUACAUUAAUUAUCACUAACAGGAAGGUCCACUAGAAUUUAUUUGAAAAUUUCACCAGCAAAUGAACUAAUAAAUCUUUGAUGGGAGGUGUGGUGGGGUGACUACUGGCCAAAAGGAUACUUUACCAAAAAAUAAAUGAGGAAAAUCGUGAA